GGAAGAUUUUCAUAAAUAUUAUUCUACUUUGAAGAGUCGACCCGGAGCUCUACCCCGAUACACGAAAAUCCAGCAAUUUUUCAUCUACGCAACUCUUCACGGAACCGCCCACAAUAGACAACCAUGUUCGCUAUCCGAUCACCUUCGACACAGCCCUCCAGCUCUGAUAAAGAGGCGGCGAUGAAUUGCUUCAUCCCAAAUAUUCUCCCCUGCCGAAUACACCAUGAUGGUCUCGUUGAGAGUGUUGACCGCUACUGGGCACCGGUCCACGAGAAAGAUAACACGCAGACCGCAUAUUUCCGUGGUCGCAAGCUCCGUGGUCGACGCGUUGUGCUCCCCGAAGGAUACCAAGGAAUUGUUGCGACGCCAACGGAUAAUGUUAUUCCACCAAGCCAAGGUGGCAAGAAUGGCUCUACAUUGGAGGAUGAAGAUGCGGAGGCCGAGUCGGUUAAGAUUCUUGAGAAACAGGCCACAUUUGAUGAGUUAAUGGUAUGGGAUCACGAGAUUGUGCCGGCGGCCGAUGACCAUUUCGUAAAAGGGGUGGAGGAAUGGCUGAAACUUGCUGAAGCGAUACAUACGACUUCUUCCGGCGACAGUGAGAAGAAGGCUUCGACAUGAGCAGCGUUUUGCAUAUGCUGUCAAACUCAUGUCACCUGAGGUAUUUGGUGAAUUUUGAGCCAAGUGCUUAAGGCCGUGAUUCAGUUCCCGAGUGCUCUCCCACAGUAAUUGGCGUUGAAAAGACUCAUUGAGCUCUUGGGAGAGGCCAUGAAUGCUAUCAAGGCCGCGCGCUCUCAGCGCCGGUCCCCGUCCGCUUUUUCAGGAUUUCUAAGAAACUUCAAGUGAAGAAGGCCUUAGGAUUUUUGGUUUGCUCUGUGCUCGACACCGCAUAGGUCCAUUGACGAACUACAAUACUACUACUGCCUGGUUAUUCCACCAGGAAGUUCUUAUACGGACAUGCUUUUUUGGAUGUAUUAUACCAUGGGCUCAAUGCAGCAAGGCCCACAUUAGCGAAGGCCUUUGGAAGACCAGACUUAUAGGAGAUCUAUACCCUAGAACAGGAA